AUGGCGCGAGGCCGCGUGCCCUUCAAGAACAGGCUCCUGCACGAGAAGCACGGGCCUGUUGUCCGCGUGGCCCCCGACGAGCUGAGCUUCAACGCGGCGCGGGCGUGGGAGGACAUCUACGGCUCCGAGCCGUCGGGUCACACCCGGCUGCCACGGGGUCCCAGCCAUCUCGGCUCCGUCGAUCCGCUCAACGGCGUGUACCCGCUGUCCGCCGGGGUCGAGCCUGAGCUCGCGAGCCCAAAACGGCGCACUGUACGAGGCGUCGCCGAUGCCCCGGGGAAUCAGGCGGGUGCUGCUCCUGUACAUCCAGAGGCCUUGGGACUCAGAAUCAUGCGGGGACUUUUCGAGCCAAAGCUGAUGACUAGCUUGAAACAGAACGAGGCCAUUCCAUACGUUCCGCCGUCACAGCACUCGGCCUAUGUUGAUGCUGGAACCCGACUGCAACUCCAUAUGGCUGCUGGGCACGAAGCCAUGCCAUCGACACGACAACGUCAGGAUCCUCGAGGGACGUUUUGGUUCAACCGUUGA